AUGAACGCCAUCGGCACGACUGCCCGCUUGGCCGUUACCGCCGCCGCCCGCUCGGCUUCGGGUUCCUCGUCGGGAGUAUGGGCUCGCCGGCUCGCAAAAACUCCUCUGAGGAGGAACCCCCGACACAACCUCUCGACCUCGGCCGUUCUCUUCAAGAAGCAGGUCGGACCUCCUGUCCUUGACCCCUAUGCUCCCUCCGCCCUCAAUGCUAUCCUUGCCCGCCUUUCCCUUCCCCCGACGCCUGAGAUGCGCGAGUCGCUGAUGGCUUGUCUCACCCACCCGAGCUUCAACCUCAAGCAGGCUGCCGAGACCUCCGAGGAUGGACAGGAGGCUCUCCCGGCACCGGACGCCGACACGAACGAGCUCCUCGCCGCUCUUGGCAACAGGUUGCUCGGACUCUUCGCGUCCGAGUCGCUCUCGGCGAAGUACCCGCACAUCCCGAGCGCCGCCCUCGCUCAGGCUGUCACCUACUACGUUGGCCCGGCAUCGCUUGUUGCUGUUGGCCGCGAGAUCGGUAUCGCUGCCCACGCCGACCACGAGAAGCGUGCUGCUGCGCGCGCCAAUGCCGUCCUUGCCACGCCCAUCCGAUGGAAGCGGAACAACGAGAUCAAGCUGUUCGGUGAGGAGCAGACGCCGACCGACCAGGCUGGACGUCUGCAGGCGCGUCGGAACGAGGAGCGCAAGCGUCGCAUGAACUCGUGGGAGGAGGGUGUUGCCAGCGCUGUGCGCGCGUUCGUCGGUCUCAUUUACCAGGAGAACGGCCUUCACGCCGCGCGCGAGUUUGUCGAGCAGAACGUCAUGACCCGUCACGUUGACCUGACUGGCAUCUUCAAGUUCCGCAACCCCAAGUACAUGCUCUCGCACGCUGUCACCAAGCACCUGACGGAUGCUGGUGUCCCCCUCACGCCGGAGUCGGGUCGUAUCGAGUCUCGCCUCCUUGCGUCGACUGGUGUCAACACGCAGGCGCCUCUGUUCAACAUCGGUCUCUUCCUCACGAACGGCAUCAAGCUCGCCGAGGGCCACGGGUCCUCGAUGAAGAUGGCCGAGCACCGUGCCGCGACGAACGCGCUUUUGUCUCUGUGGCUCAUGCGCGCGGACGUUGGAGGGAAGAAGCUCUCGCUGCCGACUAGCAUCCACGCCGAGCGCCCGAUCACGAAAGAGUCGCUGGCCGCGGACCCGGCCGAGGCCGCGUUCCAGGGAAGCAGCAACGGUGGAUCCGAGUCGCUCCAGGGCCUCAGCGGAAGAACAACGCAUUAG